AUGAGCGGGAUCGGGGAGUCUCGAUCAGAACUUUUAGGAUGGCUGAAUGAAUUGUUGAGGCUAAACUAUGCUAAAAUUGAGCAAUGUGGAACUGGAGCUGCAUACUGCCAGAUUGUCGAUUCUGUUUACAGGGACGUCCCUAUGCACCGAGUGAAAUUCAAUGCAACUGCAGAAUACGAGUUUUUGACGAAUUUCAAGAUUUUGCAGAGUGCUUUUACCAAGCAUCGGCUGGAAAAAACCAUCCUAGUGGAAAGAUUGGUGAAGUGCAGGUUUCAGGAUAAUUUAGAGUUCUUGCAAUGGUUGAAAAAGUUCUGGGUCCAAAACAAGGACGAAAGCGUGUACGAUGCUGAGUCUCGACGCAAGUAUCGGGCUCCCGUGCACCCCGGAGGCUAUGGAAAUGGGUCCCAAUCAGGCCCGAGUUCCGACAACACUGGAGUCACCCAUGGAGGAUCAGCCUCAGCACCCACAAGCGUUGUCAAAAAGCGUGUAAAUGGAACCCUGCGAAGCUCUUUGUCGACAAGCAACACUCGUUCUGUUGCAGGCUUGGCGUCUCGUAAGUCCUCCAGCGAGCAACAAGUGUUGAGCCUCCAAGCUAAGUUAUCGCAGGCUCAAGGCAGUCUCGAAACCACGCAAAAGGAGGUCGAACAAUACCGAGAAGCUAUUGCCAUAAUGGAACGAGAACGCGACUUUUAUUUUGGCAAGCUGAGAGAUAUCGAAAUUCUUUCGCAAUCGACUAAGGAUCUGUGCAAAGAAGGGGUUUACUCCAGUGACCCUAACGAAUUAGUUCGAUUCCUCGAUAAAAUUCAGCAGAUCUUAUACGCAACAGAGGAGGGUUUCGAAGUGGCAGCUGAUGUUAUUAAUACUAAUACUAAAGGCUCUGGUAGCCCGUCCUUGAACGCGAAUAAUGUUGCUCCAUCUGCAAUGACAGACUCGUGGAGUCAGCCUGCACACAACCUGAUCACAGAUGAAGAAACGUUUUGA